UGAUGAACCCAAAAGCGCGAUGAAAUCGCCUCACGGACUCUGCAGCGUCGCCGACGUGGUGGACUCGGGGAAGCGCGUGAAACUCAUGUGCUCCGUGUGGGAGAACGUGGAGGAGCCGCAGAUCGAGGACCAGAGGCUGUCGGCCUUCGAGACCCUCUUCUCCCGGCAGGUCGUCCAGCCGAUCGAGAUCAAGAAGAAGGUGCACAACCCGGCGAAGGUGGCGAAGAUCCUGGACCCGAAGCGAUCUCAAAACGUGGCGAUCCUCAUCACUAGUCAUCACAUCGAGGGGUCAGACGUGGAGAAUGCCCUUUACUCCUUCGACACCCCAGACAUGAGCCUCGAUCUGCUGAGGCAGAUUGCCCUGUGUCGUGGAUCCAAGGAGGAAGUGGAGGCCAUCGAGGCUCACGUCCUGGGGAACCCGGACCUACCGCUCGACAAGGCGGAGCAGUUCCUCUGGGAGCUGAGUCGGAUCCCCCACCUGGCCGAGCGGAUCGACUGCAUCAUCGCGCAGACGACGUUCCACGAGCGCAUCGCGGCGCUCGAGGGGCAGCUCAACAACCUCAAGGACGUCUCAGACGAGCUGUGCACCAAAGAGAGCGUGAAGAGGGUCCUGGGACUCAUCCUCGCGCUCGGGAACUACAUGAACGGGGGGAACCACAUGCGAGGGCAGGCCGACGGCUUCGGCCUCGGCAUCCUCCCGAAACUGAAGGACGUGAAGAGCAACGCCGAUCCCUCCAUGACUCUCCUCAACUUCGUCGUUUCGUCUUACAUCGAUGUG